CUGGGAAUGGAGAACAGCUCUUCGUCGACCUUCCUGUCCAAUUUGACCUGGUGGCAGGAGAACACCACCUCUUCUCACACCGACCACUACCUGGGCCUUCAAAAACACAUGCACCUCCUGUCCAUAGCGAUUUACAGCGUUGCAUGUCUCCUCGGGGUGACUGGGAACGGCCUAGUGAUCUGGAUUGCAGGCUUCAAGAUGAAGAAGACGGUGAACGUAGUCUGGUUUCUCAACCUGGCCAUUGCGGAUUUCGUCUUCACAUUUUUUCUGCCCUUCAGCAUCGCCUACACAUCUCUGGGCUUCCACUGGCCUUUUGGGAAACUUCUAUGCAAGCUGAACAGCACCAUUGCCUUCCUGAACAUGUUUGCCAGUGUCUUCCUCUUGAUGAUCAUUAGCAUGGAUCGGUGUGCUCUGGUCAUCUACCCAGUAUGGUCCAGAAACUACCGAACCACAAAGCUGGCAUAUGGCAUUGCUCUGGUGACAUGGAUCACAGCUUUCAUCAUCAGCUCUCCGUACCUAAUUUUUCGAGACACCGCAACCAACUCCAGGAACGUAACCAGCUGCUUCAAUAACUUUGCUCUGUCCGACAGUUACAAUACCGAGGAGACACGAAGGCUCUGGAGGAUGAGGCACAAAGCUAUGAUCAUAUCCAGGUUCCUGUUUGGUUUCCUCUUUCCUUUCACCGUGAUCUUGGUCUGCUACAGCAUCGUGGCAGUCAGGAUGAAACGGAGACGUCUAACCAAGUCCACCAAACCUUUCAGGAUCAUCAUAGCGGUGACAGUGUCGUUUUUCCUCUGCUAUUUCCCAUAUCACAUCUUCUCCUUGCUAGAGAUGUCCAAGAGUUCUGCAAAUCAUGAACUCAAGAUGGCUUUGUUCUUGGGAAUCCCUUUGGCCUCCAGUUUGGCGUUCUUCAACAGCUGCAUCAACCCCAUCCUUUAUGUGUUUGUAGGGCAGAAGAAGUUCCGUCAGUCGGUAAUCGUGGCCUUUGAGGGGGCUUUUGGAGAGGACUUUAUCCUGUCUCUAUCCAGCAAGAGAAAAUCUAGAUCCAUCUCUCAGGUAGAGAUUCAGGUGACAUCUGAAGUCAGCAGAUGA